AUGGAUCCAAGGAUUCUGUAUAGCCAGUCUGCUGGUUAUAUGGGCCUUCUUCACAGUCAACACGAAAGUGUUCAUCAUGAGAACUCUCCUUAUGAGAGUUUUCAUUCUGGAUCUUCACAGAUCCCUCAAUUCAGUUCACAACAAUGUGAGGCUCCAACUCCACCUACAGACACACCCGUGGAGCGUGGGAAGAGACAUAAAUGGACCCCAGCCAAGGACGAGAUGCUGAUCAGUGCCUGGUUAAACACAUCUAAGGAUGCUAUAGUCGGCAAUAACCAAAAGUCAGGGACAUUCUGGAAACGAGUAGGAUAUUAUUUCUUUGCAGCUCUGAAUUGUGGAGAUGGUGGUGAAAGUAGUGAGCAUCUCCAUUAUAAGCAGAGGUGGCACAAAAUCAAUGAUCAAACUAACAAGUUUUGUGGUGCAUAUGCGGCUGCGGAGCGACAAAUUAGUAGUGGUCAGCAUGAGAAUGAUGUUCUCAAGGUGUCCCAUGACAUCUUCUACGCUGAUCAGGAGUCCAAAUUUACACUUGAGCAUGCGUGGUGUGUGUUGAGGUAUGAGCAGAAAUGGCUUAACUUCAACAGCACUCAAGCUUCUGGAAGUUCAAAGAGGAAAACCGUUGAAACAGUUUCCCAAACAUCAACCACAAGUGUUGGUGAACAAGAGAUACGACCGGAAGGUGUAAAGGCUGCAAAAUCUAAACGGAGUAAUGCGAAGGGGAAGUCUUUUGCUGAGUAUACGACGGUUUGGGAAAUGAGGAAGGAGGAUUUGGAGAGGAAAGAGAAACUGUCAAAGCUUGCCAUCUUAGACACUCUCCUUGCCAAAACUGAACCACUCAGUGAGGCUGAAGAAGUAGCCAAAAACAAGCUCCUCGCCCAGUAUAUCUAG